AUGGACAGUGAAAAUGAGCAACUAAUAUGCAAAAUAGAACAGAUGGCAACAUAUAUACAUGAACUAGAAACAACACUAAAUAACCGUGAAGACGAAAACGAAAAAUUGGCUGCUAAGAUGUACCAGGGGUUCGACAUGCUAGAUGCUGUUAAAAUAAAACAGGAUGAACUGUUUCACGAGUUAGAAAAUAAAAACCAAGAACUAAUUAGAGAGCUUGAUGGGCUCCAAUGUAUGUUCAAAUCACGCUCGUUGUGCUACCAAGAAGAAAUAGACUGUUUAAAUGGUGAGUUAGAAACGCAGAAGGCAAGGUCAAACGAGGAGAUGGAAAACAUGGAGAAGAUCCAUUUGGAUGAAAUUAAAACCCUACAAAAGCAACUGUCGUAUGCAACGAAGAAGCUUUACAACAGCCAACAACUAUUGAAAUCAGAACUUAAAGUAAAAGAUCAAGAAAUAAUUUGUAUACAAAACAAUUUGACUGAAAAGAUAAUGAAAUAUGCUGAGCUGGAGAAAAAGUUGAGCAUCGAACAGGACCUUAAUGAGAGUUUGAACUCGUCGCUGUGUGAAUUGAAAAUAAAGUACGAAAGCGACGUCUGUGCUACACGGACAGAGAUGACUAGACUGCGCAUGGAAUUGAAACAAAAUUUCGCUAAAUUAGAGGAAUCUGAAAAUCAAUUACAAGACGCACAAUGUCAAAUAGUUAAGCUAACGGCCGAGUUUGAGAAGACAAUUAAAGAAACGAAUGAAGGUUUUUGCAAAGAGAAAAAAAUAUUGGAGGAGAAAAAUGAUAAGCUUAGGACUAAUAUUAAGUCGUUAGUGACGAGCAUGGAGGGUAUUAAUACGAAACUAAGCAACUCAGUAAUGGAAAACAAAACGCUGAAAUGUCAUCUAGCAGAUCAGCAAGAAUCGAUUAAAUUUUUGGAGGCAACGAAAAACAGACUACAGCAGGAAAUGGAAAAUCUCAAAGAGAACGAGGAGUUGUCAGCAAAAAUGUUGAGGACGGAGCGUGAACAACAUGCCCGAGAGCAACAGAUUUGUGAAAAGAAAUUAAAAUUCAAAGUUCAGGAUGAGCGUGAACUCAAAGAGUUGAGUAAAAAGCUAUCGGAACGAAUUAAAUGUUUGAAAAAAAUCAUACACGAAAAUGAUAUGUCUAAAAUAUAAACAUUUUUUAA